GUCGGCACCGUCUUCCUCCAUACUCGUCCGCUGGUGAACGUUGCUUCGGGUAGAGAGAGAGAGAGAGAGAUGGCCGUAGCAGCUCCGGGCCACCUCAACGUCAACGAGUCGCCGUCGUGGGGAUCGAGGAGCGUCGACUGCUUCGAGAAGCUGGAGCAGAUCGGCGAAGGCACUUACGGUCAAGUUUACAUGGCUAAAGAGAAAAAAACUGGUGAAAUCGUGGCUCUGAAGAAGAUUCGGAUGGACAAUGAGAGAGAAGGGUUUCCAAUAACUGCGAUACGUGAGAUCAAAAUUUUGAAGAAACUCCAUCAUGAAAAUGUGAUCAAGCUGAAGGAAAUCGUGACUUCUCCAGGUCCUGAAAAAGACGAGCAAGGAAGGCCAGAGGGAAACAAGUAUAAAGGUGGCAUCUACAUGGUUUUUGAAUACAUGGACCAUGAUCUAACUGGCCUUGCCGAUCGUCCAGGGAUGAGAUUUUCUGUUGCCCAAAUAAAGUGCUAUAUGAGACAGCUUUUGACAGGGCUUCAUUAUUGUCAUAUUAAUCAAGUUCUUCAUCGUGAUAUAAAAGGGUCUAAUCUUCUUAUUGACAAUGAGGGAAACCUGAAGCUUGCAGACUUUGGCCUCGCUCGAUCUUUCUCAAAUGAUCACAAUGCAAACCUCACCAACCGUGUUAUAACAUUGUGGUAUAGACCUCCGGAAUUGCUGCUUGGGGCAACAAAAUACGGUCCAGCUGUUGAUAUGUGGUCUGUGGGUUGCAUUUUUGCUGAACUUCUCCACGGGAAGCCAAUUUUUCCUGGAAAAGAUGAGCCAGAGCAAUUGAACAAGAUUUUUGAGCUUUGUGGAGCUCCAGAUGAGAUCAACUGGCCUGGUGUCUCAAAGAUUCCCUGGUACAACAACUUCAAGCCGACCCGGCCAAUGAAGAGACGCCUCAGGGAGGUGUUCAGACAUUUUGACCGGCAUGCUUUGGAGUUACUAGAAAGAAUGUUAACCCUCGAUCCUUCUCAGAGAAUAUCUGCGAAGGAUGCGCUUGAUGCAGAGUAUUUCUGGACUGACCCAUUGCCUUGUGAUCCAAAGAGUUUACCUAAAUACGAGUCAUCGCAUGAGUUCCAGACAAAGAAGAAGCGCCAGCAGCAGAGGCAACACGAGGAAACAGCCAAGCGUCAGAAAUUGCAGCAUCCUCCUCAGCAUCCCCGGCUGCCACCUGUUCAGCAGUCAGGGCAAGCACAUGCACAAAUGAGGCCAGGACCCAACCAACUCAUGCAUGGUUCCCAGCCCCCUGUGGCGGCAGGCCCGCCAGGACACCAUUAUGGAAAGCCUCGUGGACCAUCAGGAGGAGCUGGGAGGUAUCCUUCCGGUGGAAACCCUGGUGGCGGGUACAAUCACCCGAAUCGCGGUGGUCAAGGAGGCAGUGGAGGUUAUAACAGCGGGCCAUAUCCUCCUCAGGGGCGAGCUCCGCCGUAUGGUUCAAGUGGAAUGCCAGGUGCCGGACCUCGAGGUGGUGGGGGUACUAACUAUGGUGUUGGUCCAUCAAAUUAUCCUCAAGGUGCUGGGCCUUACGGUGGGUCUGGUGCUGGUCGCGGGUCAAACAUGAUGGGCGGUAACCGGAAUCAGCAGUAUGGCUGGCAGCAGUAAAAUUUCCACCAGUCGCUGCUGUUGUGAUAAAAGGUUCUUGAAUUGUGGUUGUAGUUAUUUAUGACGACACUAUUUCAGUGAAAGAGCAAAGAGGAUCCACAUACAAGAGUUGUUACGCUAUACAUCCUUUUACCAUUAGAGCUUGAAGCAAUGUUGGUAUGCCAGCAUUGCUAAUUAAAUGAUCGAUAGUGUAUGUAAAAUCAGUGUCGCAGCAUUGUAAUCUUGGCUUUGUCGAGGCUGUGCUUGAAUAAUGGUUUCCAAUUGAUUUCAAUGACGACAUACAGACCACUCGUUACGGGA